CGCAUGACGUAUGAAUGUGCGUCGUGACGAUUGCUGGUCGACAGUUUUCCCUCCUCGUUGACAAAGCUAUCCGGCGCUGCUGAUGUUUGUCUAAACAAACAUCAUUUUGGACUCGAUAGCUUCAACAACAUCACGAAAGGAAGAUAAAGAAACCCAGCGACCAGAGCAGCGUUGGUUUAGACAACCUAUGAGGUCCUGCUAGCAGGGCAAGAUGUUCAACAAGUCAUUUGGUACUCCCUUUGGGGGAGGGACUGGGGGGUUUGGUACCGCAUCAACCUUUGGCCAGCAAAACGCAGGUUUUGGGGCACCAGCAGGAGGCUUCGGGACGUCUGCGUUUGGGACCACAGCCACCGCUCCAGGACUGUUCGGCGCUACACAGAAUAAACCUGCAGAAAGAAAUAAAGUGAAAGAUAUCGGCGGUCUGUUUGGGUCCAGUACGUUCAGCCAGCCGGCGGCUUCUUCCGCCAGCACUGGCUUCGGUUUUGGUGCAGCGAGCGGAACGACCACCAACCUGUUUGGCAGCACGGCAGCCGGCACCACCGGUGGACUCUUCUCCCAGCAGAACAAUGCCUUCAGUGCCAACAAGCCCACCUCGUUUGGAAAACCUCCUGACAAAGUCUCCCUCACACCGUGUCCUCCAGGCUUCGGGACGAGCACCAGCAGCGGCGGGCUGUUCGGCGCCACCAACACUGCUGCCGCCGCCAACCCUUUUGGUGGAACCGCCUCCCUCUUCGGAGGCGCGGGCUUCUCCGCCACACAGCAGCCAGGAACCACCGUGAAGUUCAACCCUCCAACAGGAAGUGACACGAUGGUGAAAGCGGGCGUGACCACAAACAUCAACACCAAGCACCAGUGCAUCACCGCCAUGAAGGAGUACGAGAACAAGUCCCUGGAGGAGUUGAGGCUGGAGGACUACCAGGCAGGCAGGAAGGGUCCGACCACCCCAAUGGCGGCGCCGACGGGCAGCAUGUUCGGAGCAGCCCCGGCCACAUCCAGCGCCGCUACCGGUCUCUUUGGCGCCACCGCCCCCAACACCAGCUUCUCCUUCGGACAGAACAAGAGCACUUUCGGAGCAACACCUGCCGCCGGUUUUGGUGCGACAGCCGGCGGUCUGUUCAGCCAGCCGACACAGCAGCCUGCCGCCAGCCUCUUCAAGCCGUUUGGUCAGCCCACCACCACUCAGAGCACAGGCUUCUCCUUCGGCAACACCAACACCAUGGGACAGGCCAACACCAGCAGCAUGGGUUUGUUUGGGAACACUGCAGCGUCUCAGUCGAGCGGGUUGUUUGGCGCAGCUCAGACGAGUACAGCCACCGGCUUUGGGACAGCCGCCGGGCUGUUCGGCCAACCCAACACUGGGUUUGGAAAUGUGGGAACUCAGCCGAGUCUCUUUGGUAAUAAGACGGCUGGGUUCGGCACCACCACCACCAGCGCCCCGUCGUUCGGCACCGGCACCGGGCUGUUUGGAAACAAGCCGGCGCUCACGCUGGGCACGGCUGCCAACACGUCCACCUUCGGAUUUGGUGCGAACCCCGCUGCAGGGAGUCUGUUUGGGAGCAAGCCGGCCACCGGAGGACUGGGAACUGGGCUGGGAACCACCUUUGGAGCAGCAGUGGGUGCCGGUCAGACGUCUCUAUUUGGAAGUAACCAGAACAAACUGGGCACCACGCUGGGAACCAUGGGAACGUUCGGAGCUACAGGAUUCAACAGUGGGACGAGCACGCUCGGCUUUGGAGCUCCGCAGCAGCCCGUCGCUCUCACAGAUCCGAAUGCAGCGGCGGCCCAGCAGGCCGUGCUACAGCAGCAGCUCAGCGUCCUGGCCUACUCACCGUACGGAGACUCACCGCUGUUCAGAAACCAGCUGUCAGACCCGAAGAAGAAGGAGGAGCGUCUGAAACCAACCAAUCCGACGGCUCAGAAGGCUCUGACCACACCCACUCACUACAAACUGACGCCCCGCCCUGCGACCAGAGUCCGCCCCAAAGCACUUACAUCAUCGGGAGCCUCCAAGACGCAACUCUUCGAUGGCCUGGAUGAUGACGAGCCCUCGCUCACCAACGGAGCCUUCAUACCCAGGAAGAGCAUCAAGAAACUUGUGCUAAAGAACCUGAACAGCAGUCAGUACAACAGUCCAAUCAGCAAAGAGACAGACGACCUCGCUUCACCUUCAGAUUAUCCACAGAAUGGACACAGUCACAUGGAGGAUGAGGAGGAGCUGAGGGAGGCGCCGGGCCGCAGCAGCCGAGCUGAAGACGACCCCGAGGUCACACAAUUUUACGUCAACCCCAUCGCCAAACCGAUCCCUCAGGGAUCCCUCAGGGUCCAGACCAGCCUGCAGGACACCAUCAGCGACCUCAACUUGCACAAAGCAGCCAGGAACGGACUGGAGCUGAGCAGUGAGGAUGUGUCGGCGUCCCUGGGGGAGGAGUCUCUGCAGGAGGAGAGAGAGGAGGAGCCGCCACAGGAGUCCCAACAGUCUCCUCACCCUGCAGGCAUCGUUCUGAACCGUGUGGGAUACUACACCAUCCCUUCCAUGGAUGAUCUGUCGGAGAUGGUGGACGAGAACGGAGACUGUGUGGUGGAGAACUUCACUGUUGGCAGGAAAGGCUACGGCUCCAUCUUCUUCCCCGGCGAGGUGAACGUGACUGGACUGAACCUGGAUGAGAUUGUCCACUUCAGACGCAAAGAAGUCAUUGUGUAUCCAGAUGACAAAAACAAGCCGCCUGAGGGGGAGGGGCUUAACAGGCGGGCUGAGGUGACUCUGGACGGCGUUUGGCCGAACGAUAAGACGACCUGCAUCCAGAUCAGGAGCCCCGAGCGCCUGACUGACAUGAACUAUGAGGGCCGUCUGGAGAAAGCUUCACGCAAACAGGGCGCCAAAUUCCUCGAGUACAGAACUGAGACUGGAUCCUGGGUCUUCGAGGUGAGCCAUUUCUCCAAAUACGGCCUCCAGGAUUCUGACGAGGAGGACGACGUCCCGCUCAAGACAGACCCCAAAAAGCUGAAGACGAUGAUGUCACUUCCUCCCUCCAAUCUGCAGCAACAACUGCCCCCAUCCCAGCACCAGGUGGCGCCGCAGGCUCAGUCCACUGUCGUGGCUGAUCUUCACAGCGACAUGGCAGAGUUGGACAGCGACAUGGCCGACAUAACUCAGAGCUUCCCGACAGAGAGCAUGCUGGGAGGAGAAGGGUACAUUGAGCUGCCUGUGGGGGAGAUGGAGACAACAGCCGGGAAGCUCGCAGGUUUGAUCUCUGCAGAGCACGACAGCGUCUCUACGUCCGGCCACAUCGCGUCCUCGCUGGGCAUCAACCCGCACACCCUUCAGAUUAUGAAGGCGUCUCUGUUUGCUGAGGACGAGGAUGGCGACGACAUGUUCCCGGAUCACACAGCCAUGAAGGUGUCUAAGGUCUCUGACGUCUCGUCCCCUCGCCUGGUCGUGCCGGGGACUCAGAGCCGACCCUCAGUGGGCGGUCUCCUUCAGGCUCGUUUCACCUCCGGCCUCCUCUCUCAGAUGUCAGACUCCUCCCCCCGCCCCCCUCUUCUUCCUCCCUCUCUGUCUCGGGCGUCUCCUUCGGCGGUUGAACCCUCCCGGUCCAUGCAGUGGGCGGGGCCUGGACCCACUUCUUUCCUGCUGCCCCCUCGGGCUCCUGAGCCGGCAGUCAGGACAGUUGGCGUUCGACGCCUGGGCGGCCCCGUCCCCUUAACAGAGUCGAUCACUCAAGGGAAGGGCCAUCUGUUGAUGGACGCGGGGCUGUUUGCAGGUCGCUCCUUCAGGGUGGGGUGGGGUCCCGGCUGGACGCUGGCACACUGCGGCCAACAGCUGAGCUCCCUGUCGGCCAGACAGCUCGACCAAGAACUGACCACCAAAACCGACUUCAGCUUCCUGCCAAAACCAGCCAGGAGCAAACCACUCGUGGAAAGUCCCUAUAAGGUUCUGUUGGAGCAGCUGGUGGGUCUGGAGCCUCCUGCAGUGAAGAGCAGUGAGGAGGAAGACGAGGAGAGCCAGGCGGUGCUUCAGCGCCCCCUGGAGAUCUGUCUGAAGCACAGCACCGUCGACACCACGGACGCCUCCGCCUGCCCGCUUGUCCGACCGCUGCCUGGUGUGUCGGCGCUUCAUGAAUACGCCGAGUGGAUCAGCGAACUGAACGACCAACAGGGAGAUACAGACCCUCUGUUGGGGUACUGGUCAGAGGUGUGGACGCUGUGUGAGGCUCUCUGGGGUCGUUUGGCUCCUGCAGAUCAGGAUCCCGACGUGGAGACGUUUGGCGAGUACGAGCAGCAGCUGGAGAGGAGGCGGAGCUUCUCGGCCUGGCUCGCCCACGGAGCCUCCACCAGGGUGGAGGAGGAGGUGGCGCAGGCCAGAAACGGUCGCCACACGGACGCCAUCUUCAGCUACCUGACGGGAAACCGCAUCAGUGAGGCGUGUCGACUCGCCCAGGAGAAAGGGGACCACCGUCUGUCCCUGCUGCUGUCUCAGGCCGUGGGCUCUCAGUACUGCCGAGAACUGCUCGCCCUGCAGCUUGCGGACUGGAACCGCAUGCAGACCGACUGCUACCUGCCCGAGGAACGACUGCGUAUCUUCACGCUGCUCGCCGGGAAACCUGUCUGGCAGUCGUCUGACUCUGAGGUUAACGUGUGCUCGGAGCUGGACUGGAAGCGCUGCAUGGCCGUCCACCUCUGGUUCAUGCUGCCGCCUACGGCCUCUGUGGCAGACGCCCUCGUCAAGUAUGAAGCUGCCUUCCAGGGCUCAUGUGAGGGGGGGAAGUACGCCUGUGCCCCCCUGCCUCCGUACAUUGAGGCAGAGCAGCCGGACAUGGAGGAUGAGGAGGAAGAGUUGAAACGUCCGCUUCACGACCUCUGCUUUCACCUGCUGAAACUCUACAGCGACAGACACUACAGCCUGCAGCAGCUGUUGGACCCUCUGACCGUCACCUGGGAGCGUCUGGACUACCGUCUGAGCUGGCACCUGUGGGGUGUCCUGCAGGCACUGCACUACAGCCACCUGAGCGCCUCGCGGCAGGGUCUCCUCCACGCCAGUUACGCCGCACAGCUGGAGAGCGCGGGCCAGUGGCACAUGGCCAUCUUCAUCCUGUUGCACAUUCCCGACCACUCUCAGCGGGAGCGAGCGGUGCGGGAGAUGUUGGCCCUCCAUUGCCCCCUGCAUGACACGGACGAGUCGGUGCGGAGGGAGCGCUUCCUGACCGAGAGGCUGCUGAUCCCGGAGCAGUGGAUCCACGAGGCCAAGGCUACCCGAGCAUGCCGCGACACCAACAGACACCUGGAGGCUCUGCACCUGUACCGUGCCGGAUACUGGAGCCGGUGUCACCGUCUGCUGAUCCAACACCUGGCCUCAGACUGCAUCAUCAACGAUAACCACGACUACCUGCUGGAGUUCCUGGAGGGGCUGGCGGUCCCUGAACACAGCGCGACCAUCCAGGACUGGGACACGGCAGGGAGGGUUUAUCUGGACUACAUACGAGUCAUAAAGACUCUGCAUGACAUCCAGCAGAUGGAGAACGCAGGUUACGAGCUGGAGCGUCUCUACACGGACACAACGUCUCUGUGCAGCAGGAUCGAGCUGCUGCCCUGCAGCACCGCCAGAGACCGGCUCGCCCAAUCAGAAAUGGCGAAGCGUGUGGCGAACAUCCUGCGCGUGGUGUUGAGCUUGCAGCAGGGCGACGCGGUGUCCGACUCCCUCAGCAUCCCGCUCGCACAGCUGGCCCCACACAUCACCCGCCUGCCGAUGCCCGAGGACUACACACUGGAGGAGCUUCGAGGCCUCACGCAGUCGUACCUGAGACAGCUCAUCGUCAGCCAAUGAGAGCACAGGAACACAAACAGGAGAGCAGACAUGACGACAGAUGGACAGAGCAUCACAGCUGCUUCAGAUGCAGAAGGUUUUUAAAAAGACAAACAAGCAAAAAAAGGUGUCUGAUUUGGUUUCUGGGAGUCUCAGAACAGUUUGAGAACUUUCCUCUGGAGUUUAUUUUUUGUUUGAUUUUGGACGCCGUCCGUCUCCACUUCAGCAUUUUCAGUUUGUAAACCUGUGACACUUCAUUCCUCAUCAUCUGUGUCUCACUUUGUCAGAGUGUCAAGAAAGAUAAUCAACAGCAGGUGACAUGAAAUGACUCUUUAACAACCUAAACCACACCACUGCGAUCUAAAUGUUUUAUUUACUCGCAGCUCAAAGUUCCCCACUUUUCCCCGAAGUUAAUGCAGGAAAGCAAAGAAAAAUAAUUUUAUAUGACCAAAAUGAUCUUUGUGUUCUAGACUUUUGUCGGUUAAUUAACUAAAUGAAUCGACUUGAAAUACACUUGGAAUAACAUAAAUAAUUUGGAGCAUGAGGCAGAAUAGCGAGGGUUUGUGCAGACAUUUAGGAACAAAUGUUUUUGUGUUCAGACCAAAAGCAAAAGAUAAUUUAACUCUAUUUCUAGAACGAGUCGUUGCAAAGAUGUAGAAAUUCACACAAAUGACUUUGACAUUCCUGAUGUGAAGUAAGAAAGCCGAGAAUGUCAAACAUAAGUCCAGACAGAGGUGACGAGACGCUUCCUUACAACCUGUCUAGAUGAUGUUGUGAACCCAGACAUGAAAGAUGCCGAGAGAAAUGCAAAAGUUCACUUUGCUUUUGGUCUGAAUACAUUUUCACACAUUUGAGGCGUUUAUUCUUCGUUUUAUUCUUUCUGAUGGAAUAAAGUUCAGCAGACUCUCUUGGGUUGAUAUUUUGGGGGCCUUUAUUAGAUCUGACAGCAGAAGAGAGACGGGAAACUUUGGCAGGAGAGAGAGCAUGGGAUGACAUGCAGCAGAGGUCGGAAUUUUUAGUUUCCCCCUCGCAAACAUUAUGACAUCUGGUGCUUUUGUAUUGAUGAGCUGUUGACUCAAAUCACAACACUCAGAGGAUCCUCGAUUGACGAUCAAAGGUCAAAGGUCGAGGUUGAGUCAAAGGUCAACAUUUAAAUCAUGGAUGUGGAUAUUAUUAAUGCACCGUUAUCUCCCCCUUGUACUCCCCCAAGACAACGGCAGCCUCCAUAUAUGUGUUGUGCAACAUAAGUGCUAGGCUAUCCGGCGCCCCAGCAGACUCUCUUAGUUUAUUUGUUUUUUUAAAUCCGGGUCUCAGAGCCCUCGGGGUCUACCCAAGCUCGUUUGAGACCAGAUGAAAGACUUAAAAUGUGUAGAUCCAAAUUACACACCUUGACUUUAUAACUUAAGAUUUUCAUCAAGCUAUGUCUGAAUUAUUGGAAUAACUGAAAUUAAGACGCACCAAAUCAUAAAAAACUAAUUGUGACUGGUCAAAGUAGAAUUGAAGGUCUGUCAUUGGAUGUGUCGGAAAUCUGGAGCCUGAAACCGUGGGAUUAAAAUUAUAUUCACAGAAAGAGUCAUUUUAAUGUUCUGUGCUUGUUGUUUAAUCUUUAAAUGCUCCCAGAAACAGGCUUCACUCCUCCAAUGGCCGAGUUUCUUCUCUCUGUGCACGCUAGCGUUAAAACCCUCCAUAGCUCGUCUGACACAUUCUCCAAAGAAACGUCACGUUAUUGCAAAGCUCUGAUAAAAAUGUGUGUGUGGGAGAAGACACGAUCACACCUCGGCAGCGUUAGUUGUUGGUGAAAGAAAACGGCCGUUAGCUUAGCGCAGUGUGACGGUAGCAUCUGUUCAUCUGUCGAUAUGUGAAUAAAUUAUCUUAUUAAUACAGACGAGCACUGACGUCUUACAAAGGGGUUCGAUGUGCACAAAGUGGAUUUUUCUGGAGACGACGACUUGGACGAGAGCUCGACGGGCAAAGAGUUAAAACACCUGAUGGUCUAUUUUUGUAGAUUUCUUUUUUUUUUUUCUCUGUUUGAAUGAGAGUCAAGUCAGGUGUGUGUGUUGGUGUGUGUGCGCGUGUUAACGUCUGUGUGAGGUGUGUUAGCGUGUGUUUGAGUCAGUUUUGUGUGUAGCGUGUGUGAGGUUCUAUUAACGUCUGCGUGUGUGUGCAUGUAAACCAUAGAUAAAUGACUACAAACAUAAAAGUAUUUUUUAUAUAUUAUAACUUCAUUUGAGUUUGAUGUCAUGUUUUCUAAAGUGAAGCGUUUCCUUCCAAAACCCGGACGCCAGUCAGAGAUUUCACUGCGUGUAAUUAUAUAAAUAUUGUAUAUUUUUGGAAACGGGGAACAUCAGGUCAUUUUUAUCCUCAACCUUUAAUUAUUGAUCAAUUGGAUGCAAAGCGUUUUGGAAUGAAGCCCUUCACUUAUUGGUUGCUUGUUUGGCUCGUCUUCUUUUUGUUGUAGAUUAACCGUCAGCCCGCCAAGAACGUUUGUUUUUCAACUCAGUUUUGUUGUUUCACAGGAAACAGGAAGCUCUAUGAUGUCUGUUUAUUCUCCUGUUUAACCAAAUGUGUGUGUGAGAGCAUGUUUCCUGAUGAUUCUGUUGAUAAUAUUUUUUAAUAAAGUCGAGUAGAAAUAAAGAAACGUUUCUGUU